GCGUGAGUUGCAGCGUCUGCGGUUUCGGAGCCGCCAGUCCCUCCUUCGAUUAUCGUGUGAUCGAGUCUGUGAGUAGCCGUUCGGCGGAGCCUCCGGAUGGUCUGGAGUGAAGCAGCAACGUGAGAAUUUUUUUUAAUCUUCUACCAAGCUUAGCCCUUGGUCAUGGGGCUGACAAAGCAAUAUCUACGCUACGCUGCCAGUGCAGUUUUUGGAGUAAUUGCAAGUCAGAAGGCAAAUAUUGUUUUUGUACAACUACGUGGAGAGAAAGGUCGAUAUGUGGCAGUUGCGGCCUGUGAGCACGUGUUUAUUUGGGAUAUCCGAAAAGGAGAAAAGGUGUGGAUUCUUAAGGGCAUUAAGCAUGAUGUAACUUAUCUGUGUGCUGCUCCUGAUGGCCAACACCUGGCAGUUGGGUAUGAAGAUGGCUCUAUACGCAUAUUCAAUAUCAUAACUGGAGAGAGCAAUGUCACCUUUAAUGGGCACAAAGCAGCAGUGACGACUCUCAGCUAUGACAGCCUUGGAGCACGACUGGUUUCAGGAUCAAAGGACACAGAAAUCAUUGUAUGGGAUGUUAUCAAUGAGAGUGGAUUAUACAGGCUGAAAGGACAUAAAGAUGCUAUUACUCAUGCCAAGUUUCUGAAGGGCAGGAAUUUUCUGGUUUCAAGCUCCAAGGACACAUUAGUUAAAUGGUGGGAUUUGGAUACACAGCAUUGCUUCAAGACGUUGGUUGGCCAUCGGAGUGAGGUAUGGAAUUUUGUGCUGCUUUCAGAUGAAAAGAGAAUAAUGACUGGAUCAUCUGACAGUGAGCUGAGGGUGUGGGACAUCCAGUAUCUAGAUGAGGCAAAAGAAGCUGGAGAACCAGAUGCAAAAAAGACAAAAAAUUCCUUAGGAAAUACUGAACUAAUUGAAGAGGAAUUGGAUGAAGAUCCUGAGGAGCGUUUACUAUCUUGUCAGAAGAUUGGAUCUUUAUUUAGGGCGGGCAGGAAUCGUGUUGUUUCCUUAGCAACUGAUCUCAGUCAGAAAGUUAUUAUCUGUCAUGGCACAGAUAGUGUUCUUGAAGUUUUUAAGAUUUUAAGUGAAGAGGAAGUGAAUAAAAAGAUUGAAAAGAAACAAAGGAAAGCCAAGAAAAAGGCAAAGAAAAGAGCUGAGUCAGGGGAAUCUGGUAUUGACUUGGAGCCUACUGUGGAACGAACUCUAAAAGAUGAGAUUCAGGAGGUAACCAAAAUCAAAGCCUCAGCAAAAGUCAGAUCAUUCAGUGUUCUUCAUAUGCCAAAUGGCGGACUAAGGAUUGUAGUGCUGUUGCAGAACAACACAGUGGAAGCAUUCAAUCUGAAUAUAUCAACAGAGAAACCAUCAGAAUGCACACAACUGGCUAGAGUAACUGUUGCAGGCCAUAGAACAGAUGCAAGAACACUUGCCUUCAGUUCUGACAACAUUGCAGUACUUUCUGCUUCGGCUGAGACUGUCAAAAUAUGGAACAGGUCCAGUUUACAAUGUAUCAGAACCAUGGACUGUGAAUACUCGCUGUGUUCCCUAUUUGUUCCUGGAGAUAGACAAGUUAUUUUGGGAACUAAGUUUGGAAAGCUGCAGCUCUUUGAUUUAGCUUCGGGAAAUAUGUUGGAGACAUUUGAUGCCCAUGAUGGAGCAGUGUGGUCUGUUUCACUGGCACCAGACCAGCGUGGUUUAGUCUCUGGAAGUGCUGACAAGACAGUGAAAUUUUGGGAAUUUGAAUUGGUGAAGGAUGAAGAUUCCGCACAGACAAGACUGUCUUUGAAUCACACCCGUACACUUCAGCUGGAUGAGGAUAUACUAUCUGUGUGCUACAGCCCUAAUCAGAAGCUGCUGGCUGUGUCAUUGCUUGAUUGUACAGUUAAAGUAUUCUACGUGGACACACUGAAGUUUUUCCUCUCUCUUUAUGGACACAAGCUACCUGUGCUUUGUAUGGAUAUCUCUCAUGAUAGCUCUCUGAUAGCAACUGGUUCAGCUGACAGGAAUGUGAAGAUUUGGGGACUGGAAUUUGGUGACUGCCACAGGUCACUCUUUGCUCAUGAUGACAGUGUAAUGUCCUUGAAGUUUGUAGCAAAAACUCAUCUCUUCUUCACUGCUGGGAAAGACAGGAAAAUCAAACAGUGGGAUGCUGACAAUUUUGAGCACAUUCAAACUCUGGAAGGACAUCACGGGGAGGUCUGGUGUCUGGCCAUCAGCCCAAAUGGAGAUCACAUAGUUUCGUCCUCUCAUGAUAAAUCUCUACGACUGUGGGACCGAACGAGAGAACCAAUUAUUCUGGAGGAAGAGAGAGAAAUGCAAAGAGAAGCAGAAUUCGAAGAGAGUGUGGGAAAAGGAGAUGAACCAGUGAUUCCUGGAGAGAAAGAAGGGGAAGCAGGGUUAGCUGGGAAGAAGACUAUAGAAACUGUUAAAGCUACUGAGCGGAUCAUGGAAGCAAUUGAACUUUAUAGAGAAGAGACCAAAAAACUGGAGGAACACAGAAGAGCCUGUAUAGCGGCAGGCAAAGAGCUUCCACUACCGACCAACCCUAUACUGGCUGCAUUUGGAAAUAUUUCUCCUUCACGUUACGUCUUGGACGUUAUUCGAAAAGUCAAGUCAAGUGAACUGGAGGAAUCAUUGCUUGUGCUGCCAUUUUCCUACAGUCCUGAUCUGCUAACUCUAUUUAAUGAGUACAUUCAACUUUCUCUAGAGGUCGAACUCAUUUGCCGAUGUCUUUUCUUUCUUCUUAAAAUUCAUUUUGGACAGAUCACAAGUAAUCAGAUGCUUCUUACAGUUAUUGACAGUCUGAGAAAAAACACAAUAGGAAAGAUCAAUGAAAUGAAGGAUCUCAUUGGUUUCAAUAUGGCUGGACUACAGUUCUUGCAGCGUGAGAUGGAAGAGAAAGAGGAUGUGACCUUUUUUGCUGAUGCAACUGAGAGGUUCAUCGAGAAGAAAAGGAAAAGGAAGAUAAAAGAGAGAGCUAUCCUCACCACUGCUUAAGACCAUGCAAGUUUAAUUUCUUAUUGCACCACAUAAUAUCACUGUGAUGGCUCAGCAGAACUGAGAGAAAUGUGUAUCUGAUCCAGUCAAAGUGCAUUCCGGUUCAUGCACCUUAUGCCACACUGAGCUGCCUUGUCUAUUCAAUGUAGAUUUAUUUCGAAAAUGGCUCCUCAGCCACUCUGUGUAAAUGGGCUUUAAUAAAAGAUUACCUUUUAAAGUUG